UUUGUGACGUCACGAGAAAAUGGCGACGGCGUCACGUUUGUUGUGAUUGCAAACGUUUACUUUUCAACGAAAAACUUUACACUAACUUUGCCAGUAUUGUUUGCGUAAUCUUUAAAGAUUAAACACAACGUUUUGUGAUAGCAAACUGGAGGUAUAAAGAACAUACAACAAAGAACUAUGAAUGUAACUAACGUUUCACAUCCAACAACUUAAACGAUUCUGUUACACUAUUAAAAACAUGUUGAUUAAAGAGGAGAAUGAAGACCAUGGUUAUCCAGAACCAUGCGGAAUGAAAACGGAAGAUACUGAAGAACAAAUAGAUACGGUAGAAGUAAAAGAGGAAGAACUGCAUGAAGAAGAGCAACAUCAGCAUCAGAAAUCUCAAGAAAUUAACACUGAAAAAACAUCUUUUAGCUCCUCUGACAAUGAACUAUUGAUAAAAUUAUUAGGGGCCAAUAAUUUUUUAACCUGCACUGAGUGUGGAAAAUGUUUUAUACAUAAAGCAAAACUUCAAGUGCACAUGAGACUUCACACUGGAGAGAAGCCUUAUAUAUGCAAAGAUUGUGGUAAACGUUUCCAUUGUAAAACAUACUUAAGCCAGCACAUGAAAAAUCAUGCUGCAGUGAAACCUUUCACCUGCCCUCAGUGUGGAAAAGGUUUCACAGAGAGAAGAUACGUUGAAAAUCACAUGACCAUUCACACCGGGGAGAAGCCUUUCUCAUGCACCCAGUGUGAGAAGAGUUUCACACGGAAAGCAACCCUGAAGAUGCACAUGAGAGUUCACACUGGAGAGAAGCCUUUCAAAUGCCAUCAGUGUAACGAGAGUUUCGCACAGAGAUGUUCUUUAAAUGUGCACAUGAUGAUUCACACUGGAAAGAAGCCCUUCACGUGCCAUAUGUGUGGCAAGAGCUUUAUUCGUAAAGAAAGACUUAAAUCACACAUGAGAAUUCAUACGGGAGAGAAACCUUUUACAUGCAAUCAGUGUGGAAAGACCUUCUCGUAUGCAAAACAAUGCAAAAGUCAUGACUGCUCUUCCUCUGGUAUGAAGUCACUAACAUGUGAUCCGUGUAGCAGAAGUUUUACUUCCACAUCAGCCCUAAGAAAGCACCUGAGAAGUCAUGUGGAAAACAAAACUUACUUGUGUUCUCCCAAGGAAAAGAGUAACAAGGACCAGAAAGAACGUAUAGUUGUAAAAACUCAUGUCUGCUCAUACUGUGGAAAAGGUUUCACUCAGUUGGGAUACCUAAAAACACACGAGAGAACCCAUACUGGAGAGCAGCCAUAUCAAUGCAACUCGUGUGGGAAACGUUUUAACCAAUCACAUUGUCUGAAGACGCAUAGACUGAAUCAUUGCUCAAGGACUCAGUUAGAAAACAAAAAGCAAUUAGCAACGUAAUAAGUACAUACCUGAAGUGUUUCGAAAAGGUUAUGAAAUUCCAUAUUAUAACCAUACAAUUCCAUGGUCAAUAAUUUGUGCAUUGCCCUAAAUUACUACAUUAUCAUUUUGGAAGUAAGCCUUGUUGAUACCUUGAAUUAUUAUGUGGUAACACUUAAGUAUUUGGGUAAUUCUCUCUAUUAAUUAGUUGUUAUUAGCAUGCCUAUUAUUGUCAUAUUGGCUGUUUAUUAGUACUUUUUAAAGCACAUAUUCUGCAUGACCAUUUUCUACAUCCCUGAUCCUACCUAAUACCUAAACCUAAUAACUACCUUACUAACUAUUAAUAAGCCACAAAUUAAGCUUUAAUUGGGGAAAAAGUUAAUUGCCCCCUAUACUGAAGUGUGACCUAGUAUUUGAAUUAUUCAAAUUUGAAAUGUUGUAAAUGAAAAACAUGUCAUUUGUUCUUGCUUUAUGUUUAUAUUUGUUAUUACACUCAUUAUAUUUUGUUGCUAAAUUGC